AGGCGGAGGGGCUGCUUCUGUAACCGUGCUUCUCCAGAGCAGUAAGGAGCAGAAGGAGGCCUGCAGUCCUCAGAGAGACACUCAGGAGCUGCUCUGCUGAAGAAACGAGUGACCAUUGCAAGUCUCCUGCUGCUACUAAUGUCCACAUUCCUACACAGUUCAAAUUUACUUCCAAAACAAAUCAGGAAAGCUACCAAGAGGGAUAUGUCAUACUUGUGAGAGUGUUGGUGUCUAGAAGCUCUAGGACUUACAAAACCUGCGCUACUACUCUCUGCAAGAACUCAGCUCACAGACAAGCACAAAAGAACAUGGGCAAACACCACUGCUCAGAUUGUGGGAAGAGCUUUACUAUGAAGAGUAGUCUCAAAAGACACCAGCUCGUUCACACAGGAGAGAAACCGUAUACCUGCUCAGAGUGUGGGAAGAGUUUUGGCCAUAAGAAUUCUCUCCAGGAGCACCAGCUCAUUCACACAGGAGAGAAACCGUAUACCUGCUCAGAGUGUGGACAGAGCUUUAAGCAAAAGGGUUAUCUCCAAAUACACCAGCGCAUUCACACAGGAGAGAAACCGUUUCAGUGCUCACAGUGUGAAGAGAGCUUUAUUAGAAAGAGUAGCCUCCAAGCACACCAACACGUUCACACAGGAGUGAAGCCGUAUCAGUGCUCAGAGUGUGAAAAGAGUUUUACUACACGCAAUUAUCUCCAUGUACACCAACGCAUUCACACAGGAGAGAAACCGUAUACCUGCCCAGACUGUGAUCAGAGCUUUACUGUAUAUUGUCAUCUGAAGCAACACCAGCGCAUUCACACGGGAGAAAAACCGUAUCAGUGCUCAGAGUGUGGGAAGAGUUUUCCUAGACAGGCUAAUCUGCAACAGCACCAGCGCAUUCACACAGGAGAAAAACCGUAUCACUGCUCAGAGUGUGGGAAGAGUUUUCCUAGACAGGCUAAUCUGCAACAGCACCAGCGCAUUCACACAGGAGAAAAACCGUAUCAGUGCUCAGAGUGUGGGAAGAGUUUCAAGGUACUGAGUCAUCUCUAUGGUCACCGGCGCAUUCACACCGGAGAGAAACCGUAUCCCUGCUCAACAUGUGGGAAGAGUUUUGGAAGAAGCAGUGCCCUCAAAAUACACCAGCGCAUUCACACAGGAGAGAAACCGUAUCAGUGCUCAGAAUGUGGACAGAGUUUCAGUACCAGCGGUCAUCUCCAAGUCCACCAGCGCGUUCACACAGGAGAAAAACCGUAUCACUGCUCAGACUGUGGGAAGAGUUUUCCUGAUGGACACACUCUCAAAAUCCACCAGCGCAUUCACACUGGAGUGCGACCGUAUUACUGUUCAGAGUGUGGGAAGACUUUUACUCAACAGACUCAACUCAAACAACACCAGCGCGUUCACACAGGAGAGAAACCGUAUCCCUGUAAAGAGUGUGGAAAGAGUUUUAGACUAAGUGGUGCUCUCAAAAUACACCAACGCAUUCACACAGGAGAGAAACCGUAUCACUGCUCAGAAUGUGGACAGAGUUUCAGUACCAGCAGUCAUCUCCAAGUCCACCAGCGCGUUCAUACAGGAGAGAAACCAUAUCAGUGCUCAGACUGUGGAAAGAGUUUUACUGUUCUGUGGGAACUCCGAGACCACCGGCGCAUUCACACAGGAGAGAAACCGUAUCCCUGCUCGACAUGUGGGAAGAGUUUUAGAAAAAGCAUUGCUCUCAAAAUUCACCAGCGCGUUCACACAGGAGAAAAACCGUAUCACUGCUCAGACUGCGAGAAGAGAUUUGCUAAUGGACGCAGUCUGAAAAUCCACCAACGCAUUCACACAGGAGUGAAACCGUAUUACUGCUCAGAAUGUGGAAAGACUUUUACUCGACAGGAUCAACUCACACAACACGAGCGCGUUCACACAGGAGAAAAACCGUAUCACUGCUCAGACUGUGGGAAGAGUUUUCGUCAGCACAGUACUCUCAAACAACACUGGUAUGUUCACACAGGAGAGAAACCAUUUCCCUGUUUGGAGUGUACAAAACGUUUUAUCUCAAGACGUGAUCUCCAACGACACCAGCAAAUCCACACAGGAGAGAAACCGUUUUCCUGCUCAGAGUGUGGAAAAAGCUACUCAGACAAAUGUUAUCUCCAAAAACACCAGUGCGUUCACACCUGAGUGAAGCUGUAUUCAUGCCUAGAGUGCAGGAGAACCUUCAGGCACUCAAAUUCAAAGACACACAGUUGCAGUGAGCCAGAAAAUAACGUCCUGAAGAACAUCUUCCACACACUGGCACUCAUCAACAAUCUGUCCAUAUGGGUUCAGGUUAGGAUAUUGUAUUCCAGUGGUGUAGUCCAGGGGUCACUAAUCUUGUCCACAGAGGGCUGGGGUGGCUGCAGGUUUUUACUUCAUUUUGGAGCACUCCUUCUAUAACUACCCCAUUGUUGGACGACUGAGAUCAACUGAUUAAACAAGAGGAAUCGGGUGUGCAUCUGCUUAGUUGGAAUAAAGACCACCAGCACCAACAGCUCUUAGGCUACGUUUACACAGCAGGUAAAAGUGGCCCAAAUCUGGUUUUCUCACCAAAUCCGAUUUUUUUGU